AGGGAUAUUGUUGCACCAAGAGGCUGCAGUAAAAACGGCCGUCAGAGUCACCACUUAUCUGUUGUGCUUUCCAGAUAGUCCGAGCGACAAACUAGUGAGCGUCAAAUUUGUUCAGGACACUUCCAAGUUCUGGUACAAGCCGGAUAUUUCGAGAGACCAAGCCAUCGCCAUGUUGAAAGACAAAGAACCCGGGUCCUUUGUUGUACGGGACAGCCACUCCUUCCGGGGUGCCUAUGGCCUGGCCAUGAAGGUUGCCACCCCUCCUCCUUCUGUCCUGCAGCUGAACAAGAAAGGAGAUCUGUCCAAUGAGCUUGUCCGGCACUUCCUCAUUGAGUGCACCCCGAAGGGCGUCCGGUUGAAAGGGUGCUCCAACGAACCGUACUUUGGGAGCCUGACGGCCUUGGUGUGCCAGCACUCCAUCACGCCCCUGGCCUUGCCCUGCAAGCUGCUCAUUCCGGAGAAAGAUCCGCUGGAAGAAACGGCAGAGCCCUCUCCCCACACGGCUGCCAACUCUGCUGCCGAGCUGCUGAAGCAGGGUGCAGCCUGCAACGUGUGGUACCUGAACUCCGUGGAGAUGGAAUCGCUGACUGGCCACCAGGCGGUGCAGAAGGCGCUGAGCCUGACGCUGCUGCAGGAGCCGCCACCUCUGUCCACCGUGGUCCACUUCAAGGUGUCAGCCCAGGGCAUCACGCUGACAGACAAUCAGAGGAAGCUCUUCUUCCGGAGGCAUUACCCUGUGAGCAGCGUGAUUUUCUGUGCCUUGGACCCUGAGGACAGGAAGUGGAUCAAAGACGGCCCCUCCUGCCGGUAAGUGGCCAGUGCCCCUUGAACUCUACAUAUAAUCUUAGUC